AUGCCUAAUUAUGAUAGUUAUGAUAAUUAUGAUAGUAAUAAUAAUUACAAUAGUAAUGAUGAACAUGCUAAUGAUGAAGAUAAGGAAAUAAUAAAUAAAGAAUUUAUUAUCAAAGAAUAUAUCAAAGUUGAUGAUGAUGAAAAUGAUGAUAAUGACAAUAAUUACAGUAAUGAGAAUGAAAAAGCCAAAGAAUUAAGCAUAAUCUCUUUUGAAACUACUAACUAUUCAAAAACUAAACUUAAAUAUCUUUUUACAAAAGAUUUAUCACAACUGUUAUAUGUUUGUGCUUUUCAGCAAUAUGCUGAAGAUAAUUCUAUA